AUGGCAUCCCCGCCCUACACAACCUCGCCAUCGGCCAUGUCCCCCCCCUAUCCAUCUCCGACACAGAUCCCGAACAAGAAGCGCUCCUCCACACUGGACGUCAACGGACCCCCCGGCAAGCGCCGCAAGGCCUCGCAGCCCGCCGCCGCCAACACGCCCUCCCAUCCGCUCCGCCAGACCUCGUUCCCCCCAGAAGCCCGCUCGCCCUACCCGCGUUCGCCCUCCGUCGAUGCAUCGUCCCACGUCAGCGGCAGCGCCCUCAGCGGGGUCACGGCCAGCGGCGCCCCCAAGAAGAAGCGCGGUCGCAAGGCCAAGAACGCAAAGAACGCCGACGACGACCAAUCGGGCAGCCUCGUGAAUGGGCGUGCCCCUACCAACGUGAGCGGCCAGGGCGGCGACAAGGAAGGCGAAGAGGAAGAGGACGAUGACAAGGCAGAGAUGGCCCUCGAGGACGUGGUUGCCAGGACUCAAGAGCAGAAGCAGGAGGAAAUAAGAUUACGUGCUAUGCUCGUCGAGGCCUUUGACAGCCAGCAGUACAACCGGUACGAGCUCUGGCGUGCAGCAAAGCUAGCCGACUCGGUCGUCAAGAGGGUGGUCAACGCAACCGUAUCGCAGUCGGUGCCGCAAAACGUCAGCACCGCCGUCAAGGCCGUCGCCAAGCUGUUCGCGGGCGAAAUCAUCGAGGCGGCUCGCAACGUGCAAGGCGAGUGGAUCAGCGCGGGGGAGAAGCAGAGCGAUCUACCGACACCACCCCCGUCCACCAACGAUGCUGCGGUCGAUGACGAGACCGCAGCCGCAGCGGCCGCGGCCGAGCUCGAUCUCAAGCGCGGCCCCAUGCGGCCCGACCACCUGCGCGAGGCCUGGCGCCGAUACAGGCUCUCGGGAGAGAGUCGUGGCGUCGGUGUGCAGCAGCUGUGGCACGCCCAGCAGAACAGUGGCGUCGACAGAUAUUCAACCCGCACUGGCAAGCGGCUCUUCAAAUGAGGUGCUCGUUGGCGGCGUGAGGUCAGCAAGGGGGUGCUGACCUGAGGGGCAGAGUCACAUCCGAGAGAUUGGGCCAGGGUCGGAGGUAACAAGCCGCAGGGAGGAGGGACUUUUUUCUUGUUUCAAAUCGUGAUACCCCAUAAACAACUGGACCGAGGUUUCCAUGUUGUUACUUGUAAUUGUACUAUUGGCGCAUUCUUUGAGGGGUUGGUGGACUGAUUUUCGGCGCUGUUGCAUACAACUAGUUGCGUCUCGGAGAUGGGACUUUUAAUUAUGGAUGGGUAUUGGGAUGGCCGUUUGCGUUAUGACUUCGUCUUAGAUCUCAUGACAAUGCGUGUAAAUUUAUCCGGCGGAAUUGACAGCAAAGCAAAUUCUCCUUGUUGGAGACUUACGUAAAG